GCCGGGUGCUGCUGCUCCCAGGCAUUGCACGCAUCGCAGGAGCAGAGCUGCCCACACUUGCUGCACUCGUACAGUCCUGGCAGCUCAGCUUAUCUCCGGCAGCCUCUGCCAGCAGGCUGUAAUUCAUAGCACCAUGCAGAGUAUACACGCUCUCCUCUUAACUGCUGCUGUUUGCAUCCUCUUUCAAGGCUGCGGCGGCUCCGAGCCCGAGCACCGGCUGUACGCGGCCCUCUUCAAGAACUACAACCAGUUCGUCCGCCCGGUAAAGAACGCCUCGGACCCCGUCAUCAUCCAGUUCGAGGUGUCCAUGUCCCAGCUGGUCAAAGUGGACGAAGUCAACCAGAUCAUGGAGACCAACCUGUGGCUGAAGCACAUCUGGAAUGAUUACAAGCUUCGGUGGAAUCCAGUGGAUUAUGGAGGUGCUGAAUUCAUCCGUGUGCCCUCUGGCCAGAUCUGGAAGCCAGAUAUUGUAUUAUAUAACAAUGCAGUUGGGGAUUUCCAGGUUGAUGACAAGACAAAGGCCCUACUGAAGUACACGGGUGAUGUGACCUGGAUACCCCCAGCUAUAUUUAAAAGCUCAUGUAAAAUAGAUGUGACCUACUUCCCAUUUGACUAUCAGAACUGCACCAUGAAGUUUGGUUCCUGGUCUUAUGAUAAAGCCAAAAUUGACUUGGUUUUAAUUGGCUCUACAAUGAACCUGAAAGAUUACUGGGAGAGUGGAGAAUGGGCCAUUAUUAAAGCUCCCGGGUAUAAACAUGACAUUAAAUAUAACUGCUGUGAAGAGAUCUACACAGACAUCACAUACUCUCUUUACAUUAGACGCUUACCUUUAUUUUACACUAUCAACAUGAUUAUUCCAUGUCUGCUGAUCUCUUUUCUGACUGUAUUAGUUUUCUAUUUGCCCUCAGACUGUGGUGAAAAGGUGACUCUCUGUAUAUCAGUCCUUCUGUCUUUAACGGUGUUUCUUCUUGUUAUCACUGAAACCAUACCUUCUACUUCCCUGGUGAUCCCACUUAUUGGGGAAUACCUCCUUUUCACUAUGAUAUUUGUAACUCUGUCCAUUGUCAUUACGGUAUUCGUACUUAACGUGCACUACAGAACACCCAAGACACACACCAUGCCUGUAUGGGUGAGAACUAUCUUCUUGAACUUACUUCCCAGGAUCAUGUUUAUGACAAGGCCGACCAGUGAUGAAGAGAAUAAUCAGAAGCCAAAGCCAUUUUACACUUCUGAGUUUUCAAACUUAAAUUGCUUCAACAGCUCUGAAAUCAAAUGCUGCAAAGAUGGCUUUGUAUGUCAAGACAUGGCAUGCAGCUGCUGCCAGUACCAGCGAAUGAAGUUUUCCGAUUUCAGUGGCAAUCUCACAAGAAGUUCCAGCUCUGAAUCUGUAGAUCCUCUGUUUUCAUUUUCAGUUCUGUCACCAGAAAUGAGAGAUGCUAUUGAGAGUGUUAAAUACAUUGCAGAAAAUAUGAAAAUGCAGAACGAAGCAAAAGAGAUUCAGGAUGACUGGAAAUAUGUUGCCAUGGUCAUUGAUCGUAUUUUUCUAUGGGUUUUCAUCCUGGUAUGUAUUCUGGGAACAGCAGGAUUGUUCUUACAGCCUCUGAUGACUGGAGAUGACAUGUAAACGUUUCAAACGUCACGCUGUAAAAUCAAAUAAAACUUGUGCCAACCAAACUCUGCACUCUUACCCCAGCACCUGAUAGCUCUUCUGUGUGUUUCAGUAGUAGAAUAAGUAUCUCUCUUGGCUUCAACUUUGCUUGACCUAGAAGGCUUUAUCAAAAAUGUGAUAACGUGGAAAAAAACCAAAACAUUUUAAAACUUUCUCUCCAAGUAAUAUGUGCUGUGCUUGCCAGCUCCUUUUCACAAUAGCUGGAAAAAAUGUGGGCUCUAUGUUAAACUUCAUAGGAACUAUUUAAGAAGUGAAACUAUUUAGGAACUGGACAUUAUACAGAUGUUCCAAGAAUCAAGACAGGUUGAACACUUCAGGCUACCAGAGUUGUCUGCUGUUAAGUAUCUUCUGUUCACGAUAGGAUCUUCUGGAAAUAAGUCCAUAAUUUAAUGGAUGCCCUGGUAAGGACGAAAUGGUUUAGGAAGCAUAUAUACCAAAUGCUACAGAACACUGCCACCCAGUGGAUAAACCCGUUAAAACUGUGGGAAGAAAGGUCCGUGGGCAGGUUUAUUGUGAAAUGAAUAAUAGGUGAGUAAUAGAUGAUGGUAAUAAAUAUCCUGCACAGUGUUUUAUUGCAAGGAAGGGCAGGUGGAUACAAAAUACUCCUGUAAAGUAUGCUAAAAUUAUGUCUUAGGCUUAUAUCUUUUUUUUUUAAUCAAUAACUGAAGAUGAUUUGAGAGCUUGAAUAAACAAUACAACAAAAAUACCGUGAUGAGAUGUUUUGUUAAGAUAUAAACUUCUCUCUGUACCGAACUGGAAACUUUUUAUUAAUAGUGGUAUCAAAUGAGGUAGCAUUUAUAAAAAUAAAGAGAAUCAAGCUGUUGAA